AUGAAUUCUAAAUAUGGGGAUAACAUUAUAGAUUUUCUAAGAUAUUUAGAAAAAUUUGUAAAAAGUUUAACAAAAGAUAAUAAGAUUGAAGAAUUUAAAACUUUUGAUAUUAAAUCAUUAUUAUAUCCAAGAAAUAAAGAUUAUUUUGGAAAUUUAUCAAAAUUUCUAUUGGCAGUGAUUUCAGCAAGAAUUGGAAGUAAUUUCAUAAAUGAGGAUGAUAUUUUUGAAAUCUCUGAAUUAUUAAAAGAAUUUUUAGGUCAAGAGCUUGAACAUUUACCCUACCUUUCCUAUGAGGAGUUAUAUGUAGAGAUAGUUGAACAAGUUGGUGAAAUCAAUGGCACAGUAUCAGAGAUCAUUGAAGCCAUUACAGUCACCAUUGAUUUCUUGGACACCUUUGAAAAGGUUUCUCAAACCAUCGAUAGAUCAAAUGAAAAACAAAAGCUAUUGGCAUACCUAUCGGCACCAGUGAACCAGUUGGAUAAUAGUGUCAGUGGCGUGUUCAACGAAAAUGAUUAUACCGACAUUCAAAGAUUCUUUACAGAAUUAACCAAUGAGAAUAACCAGUCACCCGACUCAAACAUUUCAAUAUUGAUCAAUGAUUUUCAAUCACUAUUAAAUAUAUUAGAAUCACAACAAGCAUCAUCAUCAUCAUCUAAAAUGAUAAUAAACGAUUCACCAAGAACUCAACAAAGAAAUGGCACAACUGAGCAACAAAAAAAGCAACAACAACAACAGUAUUUACAAAAAAAUAAAGAGCCAUUCUAUUCAAAAGAUAAGAUCAUGCAAGUUAGUGGACCAUCGUAUGUGUUCACACCAUCGGAUUGUAAUGUGUCUAUUCAGGUUGGUAUUCCACCAGACACAUUGAAAAGGGAUCAAAGCAUUUGUCAUUUCAUUGUACCCCAUUUCUUAAUAUCAAAAGAUGUCUCAUUGUCAGAGGUUGAAUUCCCAAUUUUCUAUAACAAAUUCGUACAAAAAGGUAAAACCAAGGUUGUAAUCAUUUGUACAGUGGAACAAAAACAAAGAAUUGAAACCAUCCUAUGUGAGUCAAUCUUUGGUCCAGCUCCUGAACACAUCUACACUGAUGAAGAGAUCACCAUACCAGAUUAUAAAAUUGAUUUAUUAACUGAACGUUUAGCAAUUGAUCCAAGAGCAAAUGACGAAAAGUUAGAUAGUUAUGUUAUCUUUAAAACUUUUGAUACCUUUGGUGUGGUUGAUAUUGAUUUACCAUCUGCAAGUGAUCCAACAAAAUUAAUUAACCUUAGAAUUAGAAAUACUAAAGGUUUAAUUAGUUUUCAUGAAGAUUAUCAUGUAGUUCAAAAACAAUUACAUUUAAAAUUACAAGAACAACAACAAGAUCAACAAGAUAAAUCAUCAUCAUCAACUACUGAUAAACAAAUGAUAAAUACAAGUGGUAAUAGAAUUAUAUUAAAGAAUAAUACAGUUUCAGUAAUUGAUUCAACUAUUGAAUCACAAUAUGUACCAGUGUUACCAUUUGGUAAUGAUCAUGAACAAGUAAAGAAAUUUAAAGCACCAAUUUUAGGUGUAACAUUUUUGGGUGUUAGUCAUGGUUUAGAUUUUACACAUUGUUCACAUACGACUGGUUUCAUCAUUUGGAUUAAUGGUAGUGGUGUUGUUGUUGAUCCACCAGUUGGUAAUACAACAUAUCUUCAAACAAAUGGAAUCUAUGGUAAAACAGUUGAACAUAUCAUUUUAACACAUUGUCAUGCAGAUCAUGAUAGUGGUAUCCUUCAAAAAAUCAUUGAAAGAAAUAAAGUUACCCUAUAUACUACUAAAACUAUCAAUGAAUCUUAUAUGAGAAAAUUAAAAGCAUUAACUGGUUUACCUGAACAAAGUUUAAAAAAUUAUUAUACUUGGGUACCAGUUACAAUUGGUAAUAAAAUUAAAAUUUUAGGUGCUGAAUUUGAAUUUGAUUAUAGUUUUCAUGUUAUACCAACAAUUAGAUUUAAAUUAGAAAUUUAUAAUAAAAAGAUAAGUUAUUCAGCAGAUACAUUUUAUGAUUUACAAAAGUUUAAACAAUUAAAAGAUCAAGGUGUGUUAUCAAAAAAGAGAAUUGAAAGAUUGAAAUCAUUUGUAUUUGAUGCUGAUAUGAUUAUUCAUGAAAGUGGUGUAGCACCAAUUCAUACACCAAUGGCAAACCUUUUGGAGUUACCAUCAGAGAUAAGGAAGAAGAUUAGAGUCGUUCAUUGUAGUAGUUCAGUGGAUACUAAAGGUGAGAUUAUACGUCCAAAAGAAGGUUUAGAGAAUACUGAAAUCAUUAAAGUUGAUAGAAAAUAUAAAGGAGUGGCAGAGUGUAUUCAAAUUCAAACAGCUUUAAAUCAUUGUAGUGUUUUCUCAAAAUUAUCACCAGCUGAAGUUCAAAGAGUAUUCUUUUUAUGUAAGAAAAUUUGGGUUAAACGUAAUGAUGUUAUCAUUAAGAAAGGCUCGCCAUCCGAUAUGUUUUAUAUCAUUCUUAGUGGCAAAGUAUUGGUUUACGAGAAUGAAUAUGAACCAAUCAAAUCUACAACUUCGGUGGGUACAGUUGUGACUGAUACCACUACAAUUACAACCACCGUUAAAACUGAUGCAAUUAAAAUCCCAACUAUUAAAUUAUGUGCUGGUGAAACGUUGGGUGAAAGUGCUUUACAAUUGGAUAAGAAUAUCGAUGCUUCAGCAACCGUCAUUGCAGAGACUGACGUUUGCUUAUUGGUUUGGAAAACUAUGGAUCUUCGUACUGAAUUCCAUUCAAAUCUAAAUACUUUUAUCUCCAAGGUGCAUAUGGAUUUAUCUCAUAUCAAUUCUUGUCGUGAUGCUAUCAUUCGUGCAUUCCAACAUAAUAUCACUCAACAUAUCAAUAAAGAAGAGGUCGAUAGCAUUGCCAAUGGUUCAAAGGAUGUUUCAUUUGCUCAUCAUCAAGUCAUAUUCAAUGAGGGUGAUACAAGUGACUCUAUGUAUAUCAUUAAACAAGGUAGAGUUAGAAUUCAUAGUAAAAAGAAUAAAAAUAUCAUUCGUUAUCUAAAUGUUGGUGACUUUUUCGGUGAAACCGCUUACAGACGUUCAAAUGAAGAUAGUAAUUUCCUACCAACUCGUUCUUUCACUGCCACUGCCAUUGAUCCAACUAUUCUCUUGAAAUUGGAUAUUGAAUCCAUCGUUAAUCCUCGUAUUCAAAAUAUAAUUGAACAAAAAGCUAAAAAGAAUGCUGAAGAUAAUAUUCGUUAUCACGCUUAUUCUCCAAAAAUUAGAACUCCAAGAACUCCAAGAAAAGUUUAUCCAAUUGAAGGUUUAUCAAUUUAA